UCGUUUUAAUGGCCUCUCUUUUAGCUCUCACUUUCCACUUUCUUCCCCCUAAAACCCUCUUGCGCCGCAACCAUGGCAUGGUUGGGUCGCCUGCGAGUAGCUGCCGCCUCCGUCGCACCGCAGGUAAAGCCGCUGCGUCGAAUGGUUCGUGGCUAUGGAUCGGCAGCGGCGGUGGAGCUUGAUUACGAUUACGACUAUGAUAACUAUGAGGACGAGCAGUUUCAGUUGGAUCGACACCGAGUGCAGCCCAGAGUCGACACGGCUGGAGCGGCUCCGGGGAGGGGAGUUCAGUGGGUGCUGAUAGGGGAGCCUGGAGUGAAACGAUACAUCUAUGCCGAGAGGCUCUCGAAGCUCCUAGAAGUUCCUCACAUUUCCAUGGGUACCCUUGUUCGACAGGAGCUUAACCCUCGCUCUUCUCUCUACAAGCAGAUUGCAAAUGCUGUGAAUGAUGGAAAGCUUGUACCAGAAGAUGUAAUUUUUGCAUUGUUGUCGAAGAGACUGGAAGAAGGAUAUUACAAGGGUGAAAAUGGUUUUAUUCUUGAUGGGAUUCCGCGUACCAGGAUCCAGGCUGAGAUUCUUGACCAAAUUGUUGAUGUUGAUCUGGUCAUCAAUUUUAAAUGUAUUGAAGAAGAGUUGUUGAAGAAAAAUUCAGAGUUUGAGAAGAUUUCUUCUUGUCCAGAAUUUCUUACCAUGGGGGAGUCCAAGGAUGUAGGACACACCUGGAAGGAAAAUAUGCGCAUCUAUUCAGAGCAGGUCAAGUCAGUGGAAGAUCACUACAGGAAUCAAAAGAAACUUCUCAACUUUCAGGCGAUGGGUGCAGCAGGAGAUUCCUGGCCUGGUCUUUUGGCAGCGUUACAUCUCCAGCACAUGCAUGCUCUCAGUUCUUCACAGAAGCUGACUGCAUGAUGUGGUUAUUCUUCUUAUCUAUUGCCUACCCCUGUUCAGUUCACUUUCAGAUCCCUGAGUUGUAGUAUAUAUAUAUGUAAAAGUGGGUAACAAAAUGAGUUUUGAGUAUGUGCGGCAAAAUCCAAGUUGGAUUUGCCUUGAAUUUUUGUUUCCUUUUUCAUAGUUGUUGAGAGUGCAAGUUUGUAAUGUAAUUUUGGCGAGAGUAAAAGUGUGAACCAAAUGAGACAUGACCUCCAAUAUAUCCGAAGUAUGAACCUCCUUUUUGCCUUGAGUCUUUUUCUGUAAUUUUGUUUUUUAAACCCAUUUCUAUUGGUUUACAAAUAUAUUCCUGUUUUUUAU